CUGGGGCAGCAGGGGCAGGGCUGUGUUGGUGCUGAUGUGGGGAGCGCUCGGGAGGUUCUUCGUGGCUCCUGCCCCGGCCCGCUGGAUCCUUCUUCGCAGCGUGCCCGCGGCCACAGGAGCCUUCACCACAGCCCACGUUACCAUGGCCACCCACUUCUCCAAGGAUCAGGAGGAGAGAAUCAAGUCAGUGAAGGGAGACCUCUUCUCAUGCCCAGCCACGGACGCCCUGGCUCACUGCAUCAGCGAGGACUGCCGCAUGGGCGCCGGCAUCGCUGUGCUCUUCAAGAAGAAGUUUGGAGGCGUGCAGGAGCUCUUGGAUCAACAAAAGAAAACUGGGGAGGUAGCAGUGCUGCAGAGGGAGGAUCGCUACAUCUACUACCUGAUCACAAAGAAGAAAGUUUCUCACAAGCCAACAUAUGACAGCAUGAGGCAGAGCUUAGAGGCCAUGAAGGCUCACUGCUUGAACAAUGGAGUCACUGACAUCUCCAUGCCCAGGAUUGGAUGUGGACUUGAUGGCCUGGAGUGGAGCAAAGUCUCAGCAAUCCUCGAGGAGGUGUUUGAGGACACAGAUAUCAACAUCACAGUGUACACUCUGUGAGCCAGAGAGCUAGGAGGGCCUCCUCUGCCUUGCCUCCAGGAGUGGAGACCUGUCAAGGAUGAGGAAUAAACUGCAUGCUGAGCACACUGCACCUGGGUGCAGCUCUCUCUUGUGCUGCCAGUGCCAGUGGCUUGCAACAGCAAAACCAACCCUCCAGAGCAGCUUAGUUGGGCUGUAGUGUUCAAGAAGCCUGUGAGGAAGGCAGGAGAGCUGUGGCAACCCUCAGGGACUCCCCAGCCUGCCCCAGCAAGCCACCAGAUGUCACUGCUCCUCCACGAAGCAGCUGUGUGGCUCCAGAGCUGUCAGUUCUGUGCUGGCUGGAACUGGAGCUGCCUGCUGCUUGGCUUUGCUGCUCUGUGCUUAGGGUUGGUGAUGCUCUGGAGCCCUCUCACUGACCUGCCUCAAGCUCUGCACUGCUCAGCUCUGACCUGCAGUUUGCUGCCUCUGCUCUUUACAGGAUUCAAGUUGAAUUUCUCUCUUCUGGCCACAAAUGCAGUGUUCUGCUGGGACAUUGUCCUCCCUGCCACCACUGGGAGAUGCUGUGCUGGUAGGGGAGAGCUUGGCACACCUGUGGCUGUGGCCCAGAGCAGAGCUGGGCUUGAAGGGGAAUGCUGCAGGUGUCUCCGUACACCUUGGGGUACGCUUUGUCCCAGAGAAUUGGUCUGAGAAUGCACAGGUGGGGAUGGCCAAGGUGCUGGAUAAAGUCAUGGGAAAGGGUCUGAGGCCUGGGUUUCACAUUGCUCUGUUGUGCUGUGUUUGUAAUUUAGCUGUAGGCUGAUGUCUGUCACCAACAGCAAUCAGUGGCAGCUCCUCAGAGGUGGACACUGAGUUGUGAAGGGUUUGCUCCACAGCUGACAAAUUCUCCCCUCCUCCUCAUUCGCUUCCUGUUUUUUUCCACCCUCCCUUAACACCAAAUAUUUUUGCCCUCUCUCACCCAAUGCCAGAGGAGAGUUGCUGUGUUGGGUGAACUAAAGGAUGGGACAGAGGAGUUGAGGAGCUUGUGCCCAUUCCUGAGUGCUGUUCCCUGACUGGCAGGGGUGGAGUGGUUUCUGCUCUUAGCAUUGGGGGUUCCUCUCUAUUGUUGUAGUUUCUUUGAUCUGCAAAUCCUCUGUGUCUUCAAGAGCUUCAGCGUUGCUGCUCUCCUGUCCUAUGACUGUCUCUUGUCACCUUGGUUUUGGGGGGAGUUGUAGCUAAAUACACCACCGGAAGAGAAAUAAACUCAGUGAGACAAAAAGGAGCUUGGAGUGUUGAGCUCUCAGGGGGAGAGAGGCUGGCUGCAGAGUGGGUUGGGAGUAGCUCUGAAGAAAGAGU